UUAUCUCUGUUGUGCCUUGGUUUGGUGUUUCAACAAAAUUUUUCUUCAUGAUUCUCAAAAUUUUGUUUCUACUUGGUCAAUUUUUAUGCUUAAUUUCUACUACCCUUUUUUGCUUCUCUCUAUUUUGCUUUGUAAUCUUCUUGGGGCGGCUGUUCUUUACUUUACUUUUUGUGGGGUUCCUCAAAAUCUGUUUCUGGUGUUUGAUGCAGUCUUCUUCUUCUUCUUCUACAGAGUUGGUGUUGAGUUUUUGGGAGUACCCAAUAAGCCAUAAAUUGUGGAGUUUUAAGGUUAACUUAGUGAAUAUAAUGCACUUGAAUUUUCAAAGGUAGUGUACCUUCAAAUAAGCUGCUCAAUCUUAACCAUGACUACUACUACUGCAAGUCGGAACAGAAAGGAGAACUUGCUUCACGAGGUUGUAAGCUCGGAAAAACAGUUGACAGCAUCAAUCCUUUCCAAAGGGAUAUUGCAUUCAGAUGUCAAAGAUUUAUACUACAAGGUUUGUUCAAUUUAUGAGAGAAUUUUCAUGAGUGAACAUGAACAAUUAGAGCUUCAAGAUGUUGAAUAUUCUUUAUGGAAGCUUCAUUACAAGCUUAUCGAUGAGUUUCGGAAAAGGAUAAAGAGAAGCUCUGCAAAUGGGGACAGCCCAAAGUUGGGAACGGCACAAAGUCCUAACAAUGUGCAGAGAAGUGGUAGCAAUCACAUUGCAGAUUUUAGGUUGUUUCUACUGGAAGCAACAAAAUUCUACCAAAAGCUGAUAUUGAAAAUUAGAGAAUAUUAUGGGGUUCCAAAAGAAGGCUUGUUAUAUAAGGCACUUGGUGUCUCUAAAGGGAUUGAUGCAAAGAAGAAGAAGAAAUGUCAAUUCUUGUGUCACCGUCUUUUAGUUUGCCUUGGAGAUCUUGCUAGAUACAUGGAACAGCAUGAAAAACCAGAUUUACCUUCCCAUAAGUGGUUAGCUGCCGCUACUCAUUACUUAGAAGCAACGAUGGUUUUGCCUGAUAGUGGAAACCCCCAUAAUCAGUUGGCUGUAUUGGCAACAUAUGUUAAUGAUCAGUUUCUUGCUAUGUACCACUGUGUGAGGAGUUCUGCAGUCAAAGAACCUUUUCCUGAUGCUUGGGAUAACCUCGUAUUAUUAUUUGAAAGAAAUAGGUCAUCUCUUCUGCCUUCCCUCUCUAGGGAUGGCCAGUUCAAUUUCCUAAGACCGUCGGAGAAGUGCUUUCUCAAAAGCAAAUCGCAAAUCAAAGAUGAUAACAAGUGUCUAGAGACAGACUUGUUUUCUCUGCUCAUCAGAACGUUAGGCUUCUUUUUCAUAAAAUCCAGUUUGGAGGAAUUCACAAGCACAUUUACAUCUAUGAUGAGAUGGCUGGAUGAACUCUUGUCUCUGGAUGAUUCUGAGUUAAAUGCUUCAUUAGAGUCCUAUAAGCUUUUGGAUUCAGUGAGAACAGGCCCUUUCCGAGCCAUCCAAAUUGCAUUGGUAUUCAUCUUCAUGGUACAGAAUCGUUUUAGUAAAGUUGAUCUGAAUGAUAAGCAGCAACUUGAGCUGAACCACUUGGCAUUAGUUGCUACCUUUAUUGUCAUGGGACGCCUAGUCGAGAGAUGUCUGGAGGCAAACAAGUUGGAUUCCUUCCCUCUUUUACCUGCUGUGCUCGUCUUCGUGGAGUGGUUACCGAACGUUCUUGCUGAAGUGGUAAGAAAUGGUUAUGAUGAGAAAAGCAGAAGUGCUAUGACUUACUUUUUUGGUGUUUAUGUUGGCCUUCUAGAGAGACUGAAUGUUAAUAAAGUUGAGGCACAGUGUUCUCUUGCUAUCCCUCUGUGGGAAGACUAUGGGUUAAGAGGCUUCACACCUUUAGCUUUUGCACAUGAACCAUUGGAUUUCUCAUCUCACUGGGAACACAUGGAUAACUUUGUAUUGGGAGCGAAACACCGUGCUUACCGCAUAUUUGUUGCUGCUACCAAAAUUUCCAAUAUAGCUAAUGAUUCUCCAAAGUGGAUUAUUCAUGAUAUGACACGCGAGGUCUUUUACACAGUAGAACAAAACGAACUUCAAGACAAGAAAGCAUUGGAAAGUGCAAAGUGCAACAUUGUUAGUCCAGAUCUGGAAGAGCCAACUCAGGAUGUCUGUAAAGAUAAAGAAGAAUGUGAGGAAGAUGCGCCAGAUGAAGCUUGGUAUCAGAAUGAUUUGAAUAAGAAAUCUGUCCUUGUUGAAGAUGAAGAAGUCAUUCUUUUCAAUCCCCUUAUGAGGUAUAAUUCUGCACCAAUUUCUAUUGUAGGGAGCGACGAUGUUUCACCGAAAAGUAUAGAGGCUCAGUCCACAUCUUCUGAUGAAUGCUUGAGGCGUGCUACAUCGCUACUUAUAGAACAGACUCAGGGCCAAAGCGAUCCCUUCGCUUUUCAUUCAGAUGCUACAAAUUUCAGCAGAAACAAGCCAUUUGAGCAGCAUGAUAUUUUUGGAAAAGAUACUACAGCAGUUCAUCAAAUUUCAGAAGCCUCCGUAUCUACUGGCCCCCCUUCACUUAGUGCCUGGGUGCUCAAUAGAGGUUUUACUUUUGAUCCUGAUAGAGAGAAAGGGACAAAUGGUUUUGUUAAACCUGGUUUGCAGCCCAUUGAUGAGUUAACUCCGGCGUUUAUGAACGGUCUUAGACUCGAUGAUACCGAGAACUCCGCUUCAAGUCUCAGCUGCGAAUCUGGAAAAUCGUACCGUUUUCCUCCCCCUCCUCCCUAUUCUGCCCCAGCACCUUCAGCCCCUUAUUUACCUGAUGAUGCUGUUUGGUUUAAUGGUACCAAUGCUAACAUCUCUGAUGACAAAAUAUAUAGGGAAAGGGACCAAAAUGCUACUUUCUCAAAUGCGUUUCGAGGAAGCGCAUAUUCAAAUUGGACUGCUCUUCAUGAAACACAUCAAUAUAGUCCUAUGAUUACUGGUUUUACGAAUAUGUAUCCGUCCACAUAUCGAAUGACUUCUUCGGAAUGGCUUCGUCAAUAUAGGGAGAAUCACAACCUGGAUGGGGACAGUAAUCAAGUAUUGCCAGCUCCCUACAAUGCUACUGGAAACCUUAUGAACUUCCAGAGAAAUGAUACUUCAAGGUAUGACCAUUUGUAUCAAACAGGUAGUCAGUUGGCUUCUAAUCCAACAAUGAAUAUGGAGAGUCCAUUGCACCAUCUAGCUUUCUCUUCAACUUACAGCACAAACGAGAACCAAAAAAACAUGCUCUUCCAUGGUUGCGAAAGGCCGAACCUCUAUGGCUGUGGUGCUACUGAUUUGAGAAGCGAGCAGCCGCCGCUUCUGCUGCACCUAAAAGAUAAGGAAUGGCAGCUCCAGAAAGAUGCUGCUAAUAGAAGUGCUGCAUAUAUGGGGAAUUGAGGAUUUUCUUAGAUUUUGUUAACUGAGGAAAAGAGAAAAUACCACCUUUGUUCAAUACAUCACAUUGAACCUUGAUCAACAUUCUACGCAUCCUCGUUCCAUAAGCCCGAAACUUUCAAAUGAAAGAGUUUGCAUUUGUAUAUACGCGUAUAGAAAGUCGAAAGAAUUUCGCAGUUUGCAGAGAGGUAGGUUCUGGUCUGCAAGAGUUUCAAGUAAAUGUGUAUUAUAUAGUUAUCUCACUUCAACAUUGUAGAAGAUUGUUUUCUUAUGUCUGAUGAGAUAUUCUGUCCUUAUUUUUCUGCAUUUCAUAGAAUAUACAGCUGAGGAAUUCUCAGGUAAAA